AUGAAUAAUAUUUACACUACAUCAAUUUCACUCAAAAGAAAGACUGGUGAUUUCAUUAUAAAGAAAGAACAAUUAUCAACCAAAGAUAUUAAAGAGAUGGUCAUGGUAAUUAGAGAAAUCUUUAAAAUGAGAGGUUUGGAAAGAGUAACUAGAGAAUUGAAAGGAUUCAUUCACAAUUUCCCAAGUGGAUCAUAUAUUAAAUUCACAUUGAAAGUCGAUCAUGACUUUAGUGUCAUUUCAAGUGGUGGUGGUUUAUUGGGUUACAUUAGUGAUAGUGUUUAUGAUGCCUAUGAUACAUUCGUCUUUAGCAAUGUUGACUCUUAUUUGCCAGGAAAACCAUUGAAAUCAAUCGAUGAAUUAAGAUUCAAAUGGACAAAUAUUCAACAAAUCGUACCAUUAUUAGAAUAUCAAGCUGAUCCAUCAAUCUUGUCAAAAUCAAGAGACUAUUCAACUCAUAUUGACUAUAGUUGUAACAAUCAUGUUCAUCCAAUUAAAGUAAAUUUCUCUCCAAAACAAAUCUCAACUCAACAUUCCCUUCAUCAACAAAUUGAAAAAGAUAAUUUGAAAUUAUCAUCUUCUCCAAAAUUAAAAUCAAAAGAAGGUAUUGUUGGUUCACCAACUGCAAGAGCUUUUUAA